AUGGCCAGAGACCUGAAUGAUGAGUGGGGAGAUGUUAGACAUAGGACCUUACUGAAAGUAAACUGGAAACUAGAACAGUCUGGGGCAGGUGGGAUUGCGGCUGGGGAACAGGUCCUGAGUGGGGAACUGUGGCUGUUUCAGGGGCUGGUGACCUUCGAGGAGGUGGCUGUGUAUUUCACAGAGGAGGAGUGGGCUGUGCUGGACCCCGGUCAGAGAGCUUUCUACAGGGACGUCAUGCAGGAGAAUUACGAGAGUGUGACCUCGUUGGGAUUUCUCAUUCCCAAACCCAAUGUGAUCUCCCGGCUGGAGCGAGGGGAAGAGCCGUGGGUCUCGGAUCUCGAGGGCUCCAAGGAAAGGGGGAACUUGAGAGGUGCCUGCAUAGGAUUUCCAAUUUCCAAGCCUGAUGUGAUUUCCCAGUUGAAAGGGGAGGGCGAGCCGUGGGUCCCCGAUCGGCAUGGCUGGGAUGAGAAGGAGAACCCUCGGGGCGCCUGUGCAGCUGUUACUGUGGUUUGUUUCCCCCUACACAUUCCCUUCCCUGACGUUUCCUGUCUGGAUUCUCUCUCUGUCCCAGCAGGUGCGGGCCCGGCCUGUGAAAAUGCUCAACACCAGGGUCCCCAGCAAGUGGAGCUGUGCAGGACGCCGUCCGUGAAAUCCGAAGGGAAUGUGUCCUGGACCCCGGUGCAGGGGAAGCCGCACCCAAUGUCAUCAAUGAAAUGCGAAGGGGGUCGUGAACAGGAGGUCGUCUGUGCGAGCUGGGGCAGGUUAGAAGGGCAGGAGGGAGCCCAGCCCACUUCCCCCGGUGGAGGCAGCGAGGGCCACAGAUACAUCCAGGUCCUGCUGAGCCUCCAGCCGGAGCAGCAACAGCGGCCAUGCCCCGAGUGCGGGAAGAUCUUUGUUGACAGCGCUCACCUCCUGCGCCACCAGCGGCUGCAUGCCCUGGAGAAGCCCUUCCCCUGCCCUGACUGCUGGCGGGGCUUCCUGCGGCGCUGCGACCUGGCCGUCCACCGGCGCUCCCACACCGGGGAGAUCCCCUUCCCCUGCCCCGACUGCGGGGAGGGCUUCCUGCGGCGCUGCGACCUGGCGGCCCACCGCAAGAGCCACAUGGGGGAGUGGCCCCACCAGUGCCCCAAGUGCGGGCGGCGCUUCCGCAAGCGCUCCGUCCUGGUCAACCACCAGCGCACCCACCUGCAGGAUGAUCGCUACAAAUGCCCCGAGUGCGGCCAGGGCUUCAAGUGGCCCGGCCAGCUGGAGAUGCACCGGUACAGCCACAUGGAGGAGAAACGGCACACCUGCUUAAAGUGUGGGGAGAGCUUCAGCCAGCGCUCCCACCUUCUGGCCCACCAGGGCAGCCACCUCGGGGAUGCCCCUUACCACUGCGCCGACUGCGGGAAGGGCUUCGCCCAACAUCCAGACCUCAUCCUCCACCGGCGGAGUCACACCGGUGACCGGCCCUUCCACUGCCCCCAGUGCGGCAUCGGCUUUGGCCGCAGCUCAGACCUCAGGAACCACCAGAGCGUCCACGCGGGCCAGCAGCCCCACAAGUGCCCCGCAUGUGGGAAAGGCUUCCAUGAGAGGGCACACCUGGCUGCCCAUCAGAAAAGCCACGGCGGGGAGGAUUUCUACCUCGGCGUUGCCUCAGUUUGGACAGGCCUUGUCUGCCCGUCGUGGCCACUGCCCCAGCUAGUGGUCACAGCCGUGGCGACACCUGCCAGCGCACCUUCUAUUUGCGUCUCGGGUGGGCACAAGCAAUGCUACGAUGCGCCAAACCUUAUCGGUGCUAGGAGCGUGCACCAGCACAGCUACGUCCCAUCGCAGACAAGACCUCAGCCAGGCGUGGAAAUGUACUCAGCUUACCUGGCAUUGAGACAGGCAGAUGGAGGAGCCGUCAUGUUAUCCCCGGGCAGCCUCUUCUAUGGGCACCACCCGGUGGGCUCGGUGGUCCCAGGACAGGUGGCAAACCAGACAGACGGGCUUCCGGUCCUCCUGGCAGAAGAGCUUCAGGGCUUCCCCGUGCCGCUCGCACACCCCGGCCCCGGCCGGCCCCGGCCCGGCCGCCGCCUGCGCCCCGAAAUGCUUGACGAUCUCCACGAUGUUGGCCAGCUGCCGGUUGGGGCGGAAGAGGCGGUGGGGCACCGGCUCCCGGCACUGGGGGCAGCACAGGCUGCGCUCCGAUUCCUCCCAGCACUUGGUGACGCAGGCUCGGCAGAAAUUGUGCCCGCAGUCCGAGACCAUGACCGGGUCCCGCAGGUACUCCAGGCACACGGGGCAGGUCAGCUCGUCCUGCAGGCUGCGGGCCGGCCCGGCCGCGCCCUCCAUGGCUGCAGCGGCAAGCGCUCAAAGGGACCCUGCCGCCUCUGCCGCCUCUGCCGCGGGGCCCGGGCCCGAGCGGGGCUGGCUCCGCUCCGCGGCCAGCCCGGAGGAGAUGCCAAUCGCCGGGCAGGAAGCCGAGGAGAGGGGAAGGCUUGUCUGGGUCCUGCAGCAAUAGACGGCGCAGCGCUCUCUGCAGCUGCGUCCAUAGUGACCCAAGAGCCAGGACCGAGCAGCUGCUGCGCCAGGGAAAGACCUUCAGCAAAGCGCCCUCUGCGCCCAGCCCAGAUUGGGACUUUCUCCGGUGGCUGGGACCUGCGCCGGGCUCUGCCCACACCAGCUCCUGAGCCGGAGCCUGCAGAGGCCGGCGACCGGUGGAGGAGGCAGGAGCCGUGUCCCACCAUGGAGCAGUACGUGCUGCUGGACCCCCGGCAGAGGGCCCUGUACAGGGAUGUCAUGCAGGAGAGCUACGAAACCCUGAUGGCCCUCGAAUUUCCAAUUUCCAAGCCCGACCUGCUCUCCCGGCUGGACCGAGGGGAUGAGCCGACAGCCCUGGAUCUCCACGUACCCAGAGGUGGCCGGACAGCAGCAGACAGCACCGCCAGUGGGAAAGAAGAAGAGAAACCCCAGCAAGCGAGCCCAGAGGAGCCGGCCCCGGGAAAAGCCGACGGCACUGGGAAGGCUCCCCAAAGCCCCAAGGCAGGGGAGAAGCCGCCGGCUAAUAGCGGGGAGAGCCCCAACACCUGCGCCGAGUGUGGUAAGACCUUCAGCCACAAGUCGGCGCUGGCCAAGCACCAGAAGAUCCACACGGGCGAGAGGCCCCAUGAAUGCCCCGACUGUGGCAAGACCUUCAUCCAGCGCUCGGACCUGACCAUCCACCGGCGGGUGCACACUGGGGAGCGCCCCUAUGCCUGCCCCGACUGCGGGCGCCGCUUCAGUGUCAGCUCCUCCCUGCUGACCCACCAGCGCACCCAUGCGCCAGGCGGAGAGAAGCCCAACCGCUGCCCGCAGUGCGGCAAGAGCUUCGCCGACCCCAACGCCCUGGCCCGGCACCAGAAGAGCCACCUGGGCGGCAAGCCGUACGAGUGCGGCGUCUGCGGCAAGGCCUUCGCCUGGAGCUCCCACCUGGAGCGGCACCAGCGCAUCCACACGGGAGAGAAGCCCUUUCAGUGCGGGGAGUGCGGCCGGGCCUUUGCCUGGAGCUCUCACCUGGACCGCCACAUGCGCACCCACGCGGUGGCUGUGGAGGAGGAGGAGGAGGCCGAAGAGGAAGCUCCGCCCCCGCCUCAGAGAUGCGCCGACUGCGGUAAGCGUCUCAACCACCAGACGGACCCCCAGCGCUUCAAGCACAAGGGGACACAGACCCAGGAUGGCGGUGGGGUGGGAGAGGGGCCCCACCAGGUGGAGGAGAGUGGCCCCGAGCGGCCCCACCGCUGCCAACAGUGCGGCAAAUGCUUUAGCCAGAGCUCGAACCUGCUCAAGCACCAGCGCGUGCACACGGGCGAGCGCCCCUACGCCUGCCCGGACUGUGGGCGCCGCUUCCGCUGGGGAUCGGCCCUGGCCAAACACCGGCGCACCCACACCCGGGAAAGGCCCGCUCAGGACCCGGUGCCGGCCCGUGACGCCGGCAAGCCGUACCCGUGUGGGGCCUGCGGGAAGAGCUUCGGCUGGAUCUCGCACCUGGAGCGUCACCGGCGCAUCCACACGGGAGAAAAGCCCUACCGGUGCGGGGAGUGCGGGCGGGCCUUCGCCGUCAGCUCCCACCUGGAGCGGCACCGGCGCAUCCACACUGGUGAGCGGCCCUACCGCUGUGGCGACUGUGGCAAGAGCUUUGCCGUCAGCUCCACCCUGCUGGCUCACCGGCGCACCCAUGCCACCCGGGAGGGGAGGCCUCACCAGUGCCCUGACUGUGGCAAAGGUUUCACCGCUGCUGCAGCCCUGGAGCGGCACCGCCGGCUGCACCGGGGCGAGAAGCCUUACCAGUGCAGUGUCUGCGGCAAAGGCUUCGCCUGGAGCUCGCACUACGACCGGCACCAGCUCACCCACACCGGAGAAAAGCCCUUCCCCUGCGCCCACUGUGGCAAGCGCUUUGGCCGCAGCUCCCACCGCAACCGGCACCAGCGGGCCCACGCCCAGGCCAGCGCGGAGAAACGGCACGUCUGUCCUGACUGCGGCAAAGCCUUCAACCUCAGCGCAGCCCUGGCGGCCCACCAGAGACUCCAUGCCGCUGGCACCGACAGCCCACUCUCCCUGCUGCCGCCCACCUGGUGGGAGGCCGAGAAGAGGACCGGGACGACCACGUCAUCGCCUGAGGCCUGGGCUGAGGAUCCGGCCACCCGCUUCCAAUGCCCUGUCCCCUCCGCUUCCCCGACUGCCUCCCCCCAGGCCUGGGCGACCAAGUCUCUCUCAGCUCCCGGCGCAUGGAGGCCAGGGGAACGGGAGGCCAGUGCUGCUGCCCCUCCGGAGAGCUGGGCCCAGCAACCUCCUCCCAGCUCCUAACAUGGCUAAGCAGGGUGUGUGUGGGGAGGGGGAACCCCUGUCUUUGGAGAGAGCCAGAAACACCCUCUGCCCUGGAUGGGGCUGGUUGGGGGACUGGCAUGUUCUCCCCCCAGCCAGGGGAUUCUCUGCGGGUGAAGGGGGGGUGGCAGUUUGCCCCCUCACACCGGCAGCAUGAUUCAUUGCUGAUGCAGAAAAAUGGCCCUUGAGCCGCCUGGUAGCUGAGACCCUCUUCGACCCACAACCCCAAAUGCCAUAGGGCCAGGGGGUUCCCCCCACCCACCCCAUACCCAGGCAGAAAUGAGAGCUAGAAGAGAAGGGGGUGGAAGGCUGGGUCUGGGAUAGGGACUAGAUAUGGGGGGAGGUGGGGUGG